CGCGGAACGGUUUGUUACCGUGUUCGAGAUCCUGUAGAUGGAAAGGAAUAUGCGAUGAAAGAUUGUUGGGUGACUGAGGCGAAGAGAUACCACGAAGUGGACGUCCUUGGGAGGGUCAAGGGCAUCCCUAAUGUGGUCCAACUCGUAGACCACUGGGAUGUCCUAUCCAAUGGGGAGCCUGACUGCACAGCCCGCAUUCGGGAUGGAUAUGGUGUCCUGCUCGAGAACAGGCCAGACACGAGGUUCUUUAACAGGUAUCACCGGCGCCUUCUCUUGACCCCCUGUGGAGAUCCAUUAUGGGAUUUCAGCUCCAGAAAGGAACUGAUUUGCGCCUUCCGCGACUUCGUGGUUGCUCAUGAAACAAUGAUCCAACGACGAGUUCUACACGGAGACCUUAGCCCAAACAAUUUUAUUAUCCAUGAAGGUAUUGGGUAUUUCAUUGAUUUUGACCACGCGUCAAUC